AUGCGGCUUUUGGAUAUUCUAUUUACAUAUGAAACUCCAAAAAUGGUAGAAAUUACUAAUUACAAGAUUGGUAUUUUUCACCGACUUCUUCAAUUAGUGAUUGGUGUGUAUGUAAUAUGGUAUGUUUUAAGUCGUCAUAGCCAAUUUAUUAAUAGUUGGGUAAUUAUAUAUGAAAAGGGCUAUCAAGUUAAUGACGAAGUAGUUUCUUCAACAGUUACAAAAACUAAGGGACUAAUGUUCGACACCUGGAACAGUAAAAAUGAAACUUUUACACUAAUAUUGGAUUCCGCCGAUAUCGUGAGGCCAUCACUUGAAAAUAAUGCGUUUUUUGUUACCACGCACCAAAUCGUUACGCCCAACCAAACACCAGGCCGAUGCCCAGGGGUAGUUUUUCUUUUUCUUAUUGUUAAGGUGCUAACUAGCAAAACGUCAUGCCUCAAUGAUAGCGACUGCAAAAAAUUGGAAAUCUCUGUCUCUGAAGCGGGUAUCAAGACCGGGAAAUGCAUCAUACUGCAGGAUGGCAUUGGUGUCUGCGAGCUUUAUGCCUGGUGUCCACUCGAAAACGAUACAAUAGUUGUGAAUUACGAUUUAAAUGCUCGCUUUGAAAUGAUCUCAAAUUACACCGUCUAUAUAAAGAACGAUAUUGAGUAUCCAAAGUUCCAUCUAAAAAGAAGAAAUCGUGAUGCCUGGGAAUCAACGAAACCUUUAGGUUCAUGUCGGUACAACCCAGAUCACCCCGUUGACAAGAAUUGUCCAAUUUUUAAAUUCACCACUAUAUUUAAAGAGGUUGGACUGACUCCAGAGACUCUUAUAAGGGGGGGUGUCAUUGGAAUUAUCAUUAAUUGGGAUUGCGAUUUGGAUUGGGGCAUCGACAGUUGCAAGCCAACGUACUCAUUUACUAAUUUGGAUGUGUUAAAUGAUGGAAGCAGUGGAUUUAACUACAGGUACGCUCUUCGAUAUCGGCAGGAUGGGAGAAUUUACAGGGACCUAGUAAAGGCGAUCGGGCUGAGGUUUUCAAUAUUUGUUCACGGAACUGCAGGAAAAUUUAGCAUUAUUCCUCUUCUUUUGAAUGUUGGCUCAGGUCUGGCGCUUCUAAGUGUGGUGCGUCAAAAUCGCUUCUUAUUACUAUAUGUGACCUUCUACUUAGUAACUGGAAUUGCUAAAUUAUCUGGAGGGAUAAUUCUCACAAAUUCGUUUUCGCGACAUGAUGUCCGUUAA